CGGCAUCGGGGAAUGCAAAGCCAGUGAAGGCAGCCCUGAGCUGGGGCAGCCGGUCGGACUGGGCGGAAGGGAUUCCAAAGAGGUGGCUCAGGAAGGAGAGGGCUUGGAGUUUCCGCUCCCCGGAGCCCCAGGCCACAGGGUCAUCCCGGAGUUCGCACACCUUGGACGAGGAGGCGGGCAGCUCUCUGCUACGCGCACCCCAGGAGGCGCGCUCCGGAACGGAUCCCUCGGUGCGCGGCCUCUGCCUGGGCGCGGAACAAACGGUUAAAGAUUUUGGGCAGCGCCUCGCGGGGGGGAGGAGCCAGGGGCCCAAUCUGCAAUUAAAGAUGAACUUUGAGUGAACUAAUUUGUCUGACCAAGAGGAGGAAGUUCCUGCAGAUGAAGCGCAGGAAAUACGGCUUCAUCUACAAGACGCAUCUGUUCGGGCGGCCCACCGUGCGGGUGAUGGGCGCGGACAAUGUGCGGCGCAUUUUGCUUGGGGAGCACCGACUGGUAUCCGUCCACUGGCCCGCGUCGGUGCGCACCAUCCUGGGCUCUGGUUGUCUCUCCAAUCUGCACGACUCCUCUCACAAACAGCGCAAAAAGGUGAUUAUGCGGGCCUUCAGCCGCGAGGCUCUCCAGUGCUACGUGCCGGUGAUCGCGGAGGAAAUCAGCAACUGUGUGGAGCAUUGGCUAAGCUGCGGCGAGCGCGGCCUCCUGGUCUACCCCGAGGUGAAGCGCCUCAUGUUCCGCAUCGCCAUGCGCAUCCUGCUGGGCUGUGAGCCUCGGCUAGCGGGCGCCCAGGAUGCUGAGCAGCAGCUUGUGGAAGCCUUUGAGGAGAUGACCCGCAACCUCUUCUCUCUGCCCAUCGACGUGCCCUUCAGCGGGCUGUACCGGGGCAUGAAGGCGCGGAACCUCAUCCAUGCGCGCAUCGAGGAGAACAUUCGCGCCAAGAUCUGCCGGCUGAGGGCGGUCGAGGCGGGCGAAGGCUGCAAAGACGCGCUGCAGCUGCUGAUCGAACACUCCUGGGAGAAGGGAGAGCGGCUGGAUAUGCAGGCACUAAAACAGUCUUCCACUGAACUCCUUUUUGGAGGGCAUGAAACCACAGCCAGUGCUGCCACUUCUCUCAUCACUUACCUGGGGCUCUACCCACAUGUUCUCCAGAAAGUUCGAGAGGAAUUGAAGAGUAAGGGCUUACUUUGCAAGAGUGAUCAAGAUAACAAGUUGGACAUGGAAGUUCUGGAACAGCUGAAAUACACUGGGUGUGUUAUUAAGGAGACCCUCCGACUGAACCCCCCAGUUCCAGGAGGGUUUCGAGUUGCUCUUAAGACAUUUGAAUUGAAUGGAUACCAGAUUCCCAAGGGCUGGAAUGUGAUCUACAGUAUCUGUGAUACUCAUGAUGUGGCAGACAUCUUCACUAACAAGGAGGAGUUCAAUCCUGACCGAUUUAUGCUCCCUCACCCAGAAGAUGCAUCCAGGUUCAGCUUCAUUCCGUUUGGAGGAGGCCUUCGAAGCUGUGUAGGCAAAGAGUUUGCAAAAAUUCUUCUCAAAAUAUUUACAGUGGAGUUGGCCAGGCAUUGUGACUGGCAGCUUCUCAAUGGACCUCCUACAAUGAAAACCAGUCCCACUGUCUAUCCUGUGGACAAUCUCCCUGCAAAAUUCACCCAUUUUCAGGGUGAAAUCUGACUGGGGCAAAUGCCCACACCUCAGACUCAUUACAAGUGUACAUAUGCGUUUUUAUAUGGUGUUAUCUGUUGACUUUAUGGUAUUUAAUUCGUAAAUGUAUAUUAUAAUAUUUAUGUGUUUCUACUAUAGUUACUGUCUUCAACUAUUAAAAAAAGUGAACUUGCAUAAUUCUCAAAUAAAGUAAAUUUCUAAGGCACUUUUUGUGCCUUUAAGAUUCUGCUCAGGGAAAACAUGUCUUUUCAAUAUUUGUCUUUAACCGGCUUUCUAAAUAUCGGUGUGAUUUCAUUUGUCAUCUGUGC